UUUGAAAUGAUUGAAAAAAUGCAGAGAAGCCGUUUGGAUGAGCAAAGAUGUUCACUUCCAGCUCCACUGAAGAGAGAAGAGGAGUACAUUCCAUACCCCAGCAUCCACGAGGUGUUACAGAGAGGGUGGCCCUAUCCCCUCAUUAUCCUGCCUCAGUUUGGGGGUUACUGGAUUGAAGGGACCUCUCACAAUCUGCCCAUCUCAGGUUCAGAGUCACAUGAACUGCCAUCUCCUUGCAGUGGCAAAGUGAGGUUGGAGUGUGACCCAACAGCCAAGGUGUACCGCAAGCACUUCCUAGGAAAAGAGCAUCAGAAUUUUUAUGCCAGUGAUACUGCUCUGGGCUACCUGGUCCUUUCUGUGAAGUAUGAACAAAUUGAAAAGCAAGAUAACCUCCGUUUGCUGCUGAGGAUUCGGACAAGUACCAAGCAUGACUUGAUUCCUAUUUCCUGCCUGAAUGAGUUCCCCAACGCUGUCCAAAUGGCAAAGCUGCUGUGUGAGGAUGUGAAUGUUGACCGCUUCUUCCCUGUACUGUACCCCAAGGCUUCCCAGCUCAUUGUUGCAUUUGAUGAACAUGUCAUCAGCAAUAACUUCAAAUUUGGAGUCAUCUACCAGAAAACUGGGCAGACGACAGAGGAAGAAGUCUUCAGUAACACCGAGGAGAGUCAGGGCUUCUUAGAAUUUUUAGAUCUCCUCGGAGACAGGAUCCAGCUGCAGGAUUUCCGCGGAUUUCGAGGUGGCUUGGAUGUCACGAGAGGCCAGACAGGAACUGAAUCUAUCUACACAAACUUCCGGGGGAAAGAGAUCAUGUUCCACGUCUCUACAAUGUUGCCCUUCACCGAGGGAGAUGCCCAGCAGCUUCAGCGGAAGCGCCACAUCGGGAAUGAUAUCGUGGCCAUUGUCUUCCAGGAUGAAAAUACGCCAUUUGUGCCCGACAUGAUUGCAUCGAACUUCCUGCAUGCCUAUGUGGUCGUGCAGCUCCACCGCCGCCCCCCUGGGGAGACGCUCUACAAGGUUUCUGUGACAGCACGUGACGACGUUCCCUUCUUUGGGCCUCCUCUCCCAAAUCCAGCAAUAUUCAAAAAGGGUGCUGAAUUCCGUGAAUUUCUCCUGGCAAAACUUAUCAAUGCAGAGUAUAGCUGCUACCAUGCUGAGAAAUUUGCUAAGCUGGAGGAGCGUACGCGCAGUGCCCUCUUGGAGAGCCUGUAUGAGGAGCUGCAGAUUCGUAGCCGCAGCAUGAUGGGCCUGGCCUCUGGUGACGAGGACAAAAUGGAGAACGGGGGCGGAGGCUUCUUUGAGAAUUUCAAGCGGGUGAUCCGGGGCCGGAGCCAAAGCCUGGAUACCAUGGGAAUAGCCAUGAGGAAGCAGCAGCAGCAGCCGCCGCCGUCCACUCCACCCAACCGCCCAGCUCCAGCCGGCCUCACCCUCAACCAGAGUGUUGCCGAGGGCCCCAAGGCUAUUGCUGCGUCCUUUGCCCUACCGGGGAGAAGCCCGUCACGCAACCGAGGCAGCCGCUUCAAUGGGCGACGUAGUAGUGCCAUUGGCAUUGAGAACAUCCAAGAGGAGAAGAGCAAAGACGUUGCUGAAAAGAUACAGAAGGUAUUGGAGAGUCCAGGGCCUUUCUUUGACCUCAAGUCGGAUGGCUCCUCCAGUCCCAGCUCCCCAGAGUUCCCCAACAGGAAGAGCAAAGCCCUCUCCAGUCAGACAUCGGGGUAUUGUGUGAUGCAGCCCCUGUCCCGUUCCUCAUCCAAUGUGAGCAGCUGUUGCAGCGGAGUGAGAGAGAACGAAACAUCGGAGGAGGAGGAGAACGAGGCGGAGUUGAUGUGCUCUCUUGAGGGUCCCCAGAAGCAGGACACCCUGGUCCAGAAUGCCUGGCUAGAGGAUAGCGUCUGCACACCCAGCAGUACCAGCUCUCCAGUAACUCAGCUGCUCCCUUCUAGCAGCUCUGCAGGAUCCAUGGAGAAGGGGAAAAGCAGUAAAGUGGAUGCGCAGCGUUACAGUCCAGCCUCCAUUUUGUGCUGUGUGUGAUGCCAUCGCUGGAGGGGUGUCUCAGUGCAUGCUGGGUAAUUCACAGGAUUUGCUGCUGAAGUGAGACGUCACAGCACUUCAUUCACCCCGAGGCUUGGGAGAGAGGAUGCUGCGUUCCCACU